AUGCCCAACUGUGACGAAGGCAACUCGACUAUAGAGCUUUCGAGCUCAACAUCGUAUGCCACAGACAAUACACGUAGCGAGAGUGAAAGCCCCAAUGAAGAAGAAGGUCUUAAAAGCACAUCUCCUGCGGAUUCCGAUGGUACUCUCACCUCGAAAGCCUCGAAAUUUAAACUCCUGUCAUUUAGAAAAGGAAUUUUCAGCUCUCCUUUGGUAAAGAGAGAUUCAAUCAUUAAAAGCAUGAUUAGAAGCAUCGAGAAGUAUCAUGAAGAAAGAGAGGAAGAAAUGGUAGUGCUUCGAAGAAGAGAAUUGGAAGCCGAGAAAAGUGAACAGGAGAGAGUAGCGAAGAGACGCAAAUUGGUUAUGAAAGAUGAGUUCAAGUAUGAUUUAGCAUUGCGUGUCAAUUGUAUCAUUAAAUACUCCGGCACUGGAUCAGAUACACAGCCAAACAUCUUCAAUCUCUUUGCGAUCGACUUCUUAGUCAAAACCAAUGCUUUGAGCUCUUCUGAUCAAAUUUUAGCUCUUAGAUUCCAACUUGUUGAUGAGGCAAAAGACUAUUACUUUGAAGUCAGGGACCUGUUAGAAAGCGGUACACAUGCUAUAGAAUUGCUUCGAGAAAAAUUUGUGGUCCAGGAUGCUUCUUUAACAACAGAAGCGAAGUUUAGAAUCAUGUCUGGGUUUAAAAAGAUUCCCUCAAAGCACCCAGUUUCAGAAUUGUUUUGGUAUGACUCUCGUGCAGUUUAUAGAGAUCUUGUAAGUGAUAACACCAUCAAGGAAAGGGAGUAUUUAGAUUUUGCAAUCUACAAAUUAAGGCCAUACACUCUUAGAAAUUAUGUCACUAGCCGGAUGCCUGAAACAGAAAAAGAAGCUAGGGCAUAUUGCAUUGAAUUUGAGGAGAAGAAGCAAAAACAGAAAAAGGGAGAAAAGGCUCCGAUAUAA